GUUUGGAAAGCCGCUUUUGGCAUCCGCCGGGGCCGGAGAGUCGCAGCUGUUGCCGCUGUGCCGCGGAUCCUGAUAUGGUGAUGUUAACAGUCUUUGGCCACCAUAUCUUAGCACAGGAUGCUGCUCUGUACUACCAGUGCCCAUAAGCUUGAAACUGUUUAUGACCAUAAGUUUUUCAAGAUGUCUACCAAAGAAUCCUGUGGGAAAGAAUAUCAGAAAAAACGGACCACCGCUUCAACUUUUGAUAAAAAACCAGAUGAUACAGACAUUCUAUAUUAUAAUACAGAGAGAAAACAAGGUCUGAAAAGAUUGAAUGUAGAAGUUGACAAGCCUAGAAAGAGACCAAAAUUCAGUUCCUCAACCCAUGUAGCAUCGUGUUCAAAUAAUAAUCAAAUUACUUCACAGAGUUGUACAUCAAAUGAAAUUGAAGAUACUAAACUUAACGAUAGUAAAUUGACGAAUACUGGAAGUAAGCCCGAUUAUGAAAUAAAAAAACAUAGCAACAUUAAAAUUACCAAAGGUGUGAAAUCUAAACCUGAAGGCCAGACAAAGGACAAGAAUUGGUCACAUUCACUUCUUCAGAAGAAGAUGAAAGAACUGAAAGAAAAGAACACAAAGCUUAAAGACAGUUCUGAAGAAUUGGAGAAGUGCAAGAAAAAUCAACUUCCUCAGAAUUAUAAUUUCAGCAAUAUCAAGGAACCAUUUGAAUCUGGAAGAAAGAAGAUCAGCUUCAAAAUUCCAAAAAAGUCCUCUAGCACCCUCCAGAAGCCUGUGGAAGAAAACAUCUUUAGUGUGGACUCUAGUAAGUCAAAGAUUAAGCAGGAGAUCAAGGAACGCUUGCACAGUUCCCAGAUGUCAUUAAGUCCGGCCACGCACAGAACUGAGAACUUGUUUCCAGGUUCAGCACAUAAGCAGACUGUUUGUGAGGGGAAAAGAAAAUACCAUUGCGAGCACCAAGAAAUGAAUGGUUCAGAUUCUAAGGAAAACUGUAUCCAGAGUUUUGAAACACCGUGUUCUUCAGUGUCAUCUGAGAAUAUCCAAGAUACAGAUGAAGAGAUGCAGAUAGUAGAAGAGCUCCAUGCUGCACGUGUGGGAAAAAGUGUGGAUUUACCUGUGGUUCCACCAUCUGGAGAGUUAAUGAGUAUGGAAAUUGACUUGGUAGAAGAUGAUGUACAUUCUUCUGCUGCAAAUACUGCCUCAGACAAAAAGCUUCUAAUUGUUAUUGACACAAAUAUUCUGAUGAAUCAUCUCAAAUUUGUUAAAAUUUUGAAGACGACAGAAAUACCAGGCUUUGAGACACUUGUGUUGAUAAUUCCCUGGGUGGUUAUGCAAGAGCUAGAUCGUAUGAAAGCAGGAAAAUUACUGAAACAUGUCCAGCAUAAAGCUGUACCCGCAAUUCAUUUUAUCAACGACAGCCUCAGAAAUCAAGAUAGAAAGCUGUGGGGUCAGCCAUUACAGCUGGCAUCGCAAAAACUUUAUGCAUUGAGUGAUGAGAACAAUGAUGAUCGAGUAUUAAAAUGCUGUCUUCAGUACCAGGAAUUAUUCCCGUGUUCUCUUGUUAUUCUGUGCACGGAUGAUAGAAAUUUAAGAAGUAAAAGCAUCAUAAGUGGUGUGAAGUCACUCAGUAAAGAAGAAUUGGAUGCAGAGAUACUAAAUUUAACUCUGAACACAGAUAUAUGUCUUCAGCCUGGUAUGUCUAAGCCACAGUUGAAAGCAGUAACGCCUGAAGCUAAUGAAGAGUCUACAAAUUCUGGAUUGUCCAUUAUACUUCAACACAUCAUAAAUGAUCUUGAAAAAUCUCUUGGGACAGCUUUAUCUUCAAUAUUAGAAACAGAAAUGAAAAUUGCUUUUGGAAAUCUUUGGAUGGAGGUGCUGUACUUGAAACCACCAUGGACUCUAAUAAAUCUACUACAGUGCUUUAAAAAACAUUGGCUGGCUGUAUUUGGAUUAGUUAUGGAAAAUAAGUUGCUUUUAACUAUUGAGAGCCUAUAUGAAAAUCUCUCUAAAGCUAAUGAUUCAGUGGAUUUUGCAACAGUGAAAUUUCUGCUUCAGGAUUCUAAAAGUUUGUUACAUGCUUUCAGUACAAGGUCAAACUAUGAUGGUAUUCUUCCCCAGACCUUUGCUCAAGUAAACAGACUCCUCCAAGUACUUGCAGAGGUCAAGACAAAACGUAAGCCAAGUACUUCAGAAAGCACAGUGAGUAAAGAGCAGGAAGACACUUCUUUGAUGAAGCUUCAUAACCAAGAAGUCACUGUUUUCUUGGAUUCUCCAGUUCACCAGCUUCCCCAGUUCACCAGGCAUCAAGAAAUCUGGUCUGUCCUGGAAAAUGUUUGGACUUCAAUAUAUCAGAACAGCACAGAUGUGUUUCAAAAACUGGACUCAAGUUCAACUCUGACCACUUCAAAACUAGCAUCAUUUAGAGAAGCAUUUGCAUAUCUUCAAAAGUUGAUGGCAGCUGUGAAGGAUAUUCUUGAAGGAAUUCAAAGGAUUUUGGCUCCUAAUAGUAGUUAUCAAGAUGUUGAGAUGCUCUAUAACUUCCUAAUCAAGUAUGAGGUAAACAAAAAUGUCAAAUUUACUGCCCAGGAACUUUAUGAUUGUGUUUCUCAGACUGAGUAUCGGGAAAAAUUAACCAUUGGAUGCCACCAGCUGAUUGAGAUGGAAUAUACCAUGCAGCAGUGCAGUGCGUCUGUGUAUAUGGAGGCCAAAAACAGAGGAUGGUGUGAAGACAUGCUCAACAAGACUUAAUAACAUCUCUUGAGUAACACACUAACUCUCAACCCUGAUUGCUCUUUUUUGAAGCGAAUCUAACAAGAAAAAUCUUUCAUAGAGACAAAAAAUGUUUUAUUGACCAUCUCAUUGAGUCCACUGUAAGGUAAACUGUAGACCCAGCUCUUCUGGAGGGAUAAUACUUCCUACCUCUAAGGAAAAGAGAGCCACCUUCUCAUGUUCCUGUGAAACGAUGGCAGCCCACAGCCUUAGCAUCUUUCCUAACUCUGAAUGUGGGCACAUGACCAGACACUGCCAAGCCCUAAGACUUAUGACCAUGCUGCCACAUUCCAUGAAUGGGCUGCUUUCAUGAACAAACUGUCAUUUAUAUAAAACUGGUGGGAAAGCUGCCACCUUCUUCAGGGAUAUGAAGUAGAACUUUGAGCUAACGCCUUCUCUGUAGCUGCUUUGGGAAUGUGUCGUUUUUCUGUGGGGAGGAGCCCCUCUGAGUUUUCCCCUUUAAUGUGAAGGAGUGUGGAUUUUGGGAAUUACACAGCAGUGGCUGCUGUUUGUCCCUGCCUAAGUCAAGUGUUUAAUUGACUUGGUUCCACAUGAAGUUGGAAAUCCUUGUUUACUGGAAUGUAUUAUGCUUUUGUUAAGAUUAGAUUAAAGCAAAUUUGAUAGUCUAUAAUAAAUGUUAAUUUAUUUUUAAGAUAGCAAUAAAUAACUUAUUUUAGUAAUA